AUAAUUUUUCUUCUCAUACUUAUCUUCUCCCUAUGAUCGUGCAAUUGAUAAGUUUUUUCUUUUUCUUUUAAACUUUUAUAUAUUCUUUGUUUCCACACAACGGUCGAUGGCUGAGAUAUUUUUAAUUAAUUAAGAUUCAAAAAAGUUUUCGAACUUCUGGGGAAAGGCAUUCCUACACAUGGACCAAAAAAGCCAUCAUAUGUCCUACCAGAUUUGUUUUUCCUUUUUGACAUAAAACUAAUUCAUCAACAACGUAAUUUUUUUUAAAAUUUAAAUUUUGGAACAUAGUGGCGCGCAUUUUCAUUGGUCCCAAAUUCAGUCUGUUCUCACCUCUGUUUAUUUAUUUAUUUUUUUGGACAUGAAAAAAUCUCCAUUGUUGAGAUUGUUUUUAGUGUACAAUAAGACACUGUCAGAAAUAUAAUUUUUUGCCAUCAGACUUGACCCAAACUUUGAAACUUCCUAUAAAUAGAUGAGCAUUCUUGUAAUGAAAAUCCAUACGUGGUGCCUAUCUACAUCACUUAGUUCAAUUUCAGAGCUCUCAGAAUUUCAAACAUGGUUGAGACUCAACAAUGUAGAAAAAUUUUUAUUUCUUUGCUGGUCUUCUGUAUCUUUUAUUCAAUCAAUGUUCUAACCGUUGAGGCAAAAACUCACUAUCACGUCUGGGACGUGAAGUAUACCUAUAAAUUUCCAGAUUGCUACAAGAAGCUAGCUAUAACAAUCAACGGGGAGUCUCCAGGGCCUACAAUCUAUGCACAACAAGGAGAUACAGUUGUUGUUAGGCUUACAAACACUAUGUUAACUGAGAAUGUUGCAGUGCAUUGGCAUGGAAUCCGACAGUAUGGAACACCUUGGCAUGAUGGAACUGAUGGAGUUACUCAAUGUGCAAUUAUGCCCGGAGAAACCUUGGAUUACAAGUUUGUAGUUGAUAGGGCUGGGACAUAUCUUUACCAUGCGCAUUAUGGAAUGCAAAUAUCAGCGGGGCUGUAUGGAUUCAUUAUUGUAAAACUACCUGAUGGAGUUUCUGAGCCCUUUGCCUAUGAUCAUGACCAUACCAUUCUUCUUAAAGAUUGGUAUCACGGUAGUACUUACGAAGAAGCCGUAGGUUUAUCUUCCAUUCCCUUUAAAUGGGUAGGAGAACCACAGUCACUCUUGAUAAAUGGAAGAGGAAGGUUUAACUGCUCUGCUGCAGACACAGCUUCCGGAGUUUGUAAUGCAACAAAUUCAGAUUGCUCUCCCUAUUCUUUGACAGUAGUCCCUGGAAAAACGUAUAGACUAAGGAUUGCCAGCUUGACUUCUCUAUCGGCAUUGAGCUUUGAAAUUGAGGGCCAUAACAUGACUGUGGUUGAAGCGGAUGGAAGCUUUGUUGAGCCAUUUGUAACAAAGAACCUAUACAUAAAUUCUGGUGAGACAUACUCAGUGAUAGUAAAAGCAGACCAAGACUCUAAAAGAAACUAUUGGAUCACAACUAAUGUUGUUGGCCGAAAACCUUCAACUCCAACUGGUCUAGGCAUCUUCAAUUACUAUCCAAAUUAUCACUACAAAUACCCAACAACAGAACCAACCACUGGUCCUUUUUGGAAUGACACGGCUUCAAAAUUGGCUCAAAGCCGUGCCAUCAAAGCCCACCAUGACUAUGUCACAGCACCGCCUCCUACAUCGGAUAGGGUCAUUGUGCUUCUCAACACACAAAAUUUGGUCAAUGGUAUUUACCGCUGGUCUUUAAAUAAUAUAUCACUUAGCCUUCCACUUACUCCUUUCCUUGUUUCACUAAAACAUAAUUUCACUGAUACAUUUGAUCAAAACCCACCUCCGGAUACUUAUGAUGUUGAAAAUUAUGACAUAUACAGCAUAGCUGAGAAUAAAAAUGCCACUUCUAGUAAUCCCAUUUAUAGUAUAGACUUCAAUACCACAGUGGAUAUUAUACUUCAAAAUGCAAACACUAUGAGCAAUGCUACAAGUGAGACACAUCCGUGGCAUUUGCAUGGCCAUGACUUUUGGAUAUUAGGCUAUGGAGACGGUAAGUUCAAUAUUACAAAGGACGCAAAAAGCUAUAACCUCGCAAAUCCAAUCAUGAGGAAUACUGUGCCACUAUAUCCGUAUGGAUGGACUGCUUUGAGAUUUCGGGCAGAUAAUCCUGGAGUUUGGUUGUUCCAUUGUCAUAUUGAGUCUCACUUCUAUAUGGGCAUGGGAGUUGUGUUUGAAGCUGGAAUAGACAAAGUGGGUACUUUGCCAAAGUCUAUUAUGGGCUGUGGUAAAACUAAACACAUGAUCAAUCCUUAAGUUUUGAAGAUGAGAUGAGUGAAUAUUUUGUAUUAACUAAUGUGGAUUAAGCCCAUUUUCCUUAAACAAGCCUGUAUUGUUAUUCCUUCUGUGUUGUAUGGUACAUCCAAUAUUCAAUUUUGGGAGGCCCCAAAACAUUGUCUAUUUUAAUUUAUCUGUUUUAUUGGAAAAGAAUGUGUGUGUUAGUACUUUUGCA